AUGUCGCUUGCGAAAAAUUUGAAAAAUUUAACGCAAAGCGUGCGUAAAAACGUCAUCACUUGGGAUAAGGCCGAGAGAAUUCGCAGGAAUGAGGAAAUCUUCAAAAAUCCAGACAGUGUGGUCCAUCGCCUACCAGAUCAUUAUAAGCGAAGAUAUUGGAACAAUUUAUUAUUGGACCGAACGCCGGUGCAUUAUAGACCGCCAACAUCAUGCCUUGCAUGGGAUGCGGUGAAACAGACUGAAGUUGAACUCGAAGAAAAUCCAAUCGUUGGAAUUCAUCCGCCGGAAGCUGAUAACGGAUUAUGGGGAGGUGAACGAAUCGUGAAAGGAUGGAUCGAAUCAGCGCCAUACACGAAAAAGAAAGUUUUGCCGAGAUAUUGGGUGCCAAAACUCUAUUUUCCCUCAUUGAAAACGGUUGUCUUGUUCUCCGAAAUACUCAACAAAUACAUGAAGGUCACAGUAACCGAAAGAGCCAUGCGUCUGAUCGAUGAGCAUUAUGGGCUUGACCUCUAUAUUCUGGAAACUAGCGAACUUGACUUGGAUUCGAAAUUUGCCAACAAAUUGAAGAGGGAGUUGCUGCUCACACUGGCUAGGAAAUCGUAUUACACCGACGACGAGGAGAUGAAAAAUUAUAUUGAGAAAAAGUACGCGCGUUUCGUGAUUCCUGAAGAAGAAGCUGAAUGGGUUGGCCUUGAUUUGAACGAAGCCGCGCGAAAGCAGCAAGAUCUUGAAGAUUCUCAAGCGCCAGUCCCACUGAAGUACAAAUUUGAACAUGAAUUGGUGAGUCGCUUGCGCGAAGGAAGUGACGAAAGCUUAAGCGAAUUGGAAUCUGAAGAUGCUCCAGCGUACACCGAGAGUAAAUUUGGCGAGAAGCUGCUCGGCAAAUAUAUGAAUCCGAUCGGGAAAAAGCUGAGAUCGGCUACGCGAUGA